AUGAGUCUGGACACUCAGGCAGAACACAACCAAUCGGUGCAUAUCCCACGCGAAGAAGAAAAUAGUUGUGAAAUCAAUGCGGGCCAGCUCGACAAAGAUAUCUUUAAUUCUGGCCAAUCACGACAAUUUGAGAUUGAUUCAAUCACAGAUCAUUCACUGGAAGACACCCAUAUCGAUGACGAAGAAGAACAAGAGGAACAUCGAGAGUAUUAUGAAGAUCAGUCACUUCUAACUCAGAUGCUUGCUUCACACCACACUCGUAACAACUAUUCACAAGAUACACAAGUAAUGAAUGACGAAGACGACGAAGCUAUAUCGAUGGAUAUCGAAGGGAAUUCAACUCAGAAAAGCAAGAUAGAUUAUACAAAUAAAGAUAAGUUUGACCAACUACAAACACAGGAUGACCCAAUACCGACACAGCUUAAUUUUGGUGCGUUGGUUGACACUCAGCUCAUACCGAGAAACGGUAUUUCAUCCAUAGAUCAACCAGUGAAACAUCGAUUGGAAGAUUUGAAGGAUACGCAGAUUAUUGGCAAUGGCUCUCGUGCUGAAUUUGAACAGUUACAGGAUACCCAACCGAUUACCAAAGAUUUUAGACAAAGGUUUAGAAAAUCGCGUAGUAGAUAUGAUGAUUUAGCAGAAACUCAGGUUAUUAUUCGACGUCGUACUCAAAAUUUACCUGAAACACAAGUAAUCAACUUUGGCAUUGACCUACCGCAUGUUGAAAGCUCUGAAUCAUUUGUCGCCCACUCGGAAGAACCAACUCAAGAAAAUGACGAUACAACGAAAGUUCCAAAUAUUGAUGGUUCUGGAAAGAGGCUGUAUGACACUCUUCCUGAGACCCAAGUUAUAAACAAGCCAAUUUUGUUUGCACUGCAGGAGGGCCACAUAAGUGAAACGGACUCUCAAAACCCAUUUAUUGUCAAAUCACAAGCAAACCAAAAUUACCAGUACAAUAACAUGCAACUACUAUCUCACAGACAGGUCAUCAAUACACAGGAUGAACCAGAUACGUCUUUGUAUUUGCUGAAACCAAAUACACUUGAAGUGCAAACAGAUGAGGAGAAAGAUUCAUCAAACGUGAAAGUUGAAGACGAUAAAGAAGCUGUGGGGUUUGACGACUCGAAGGACAAGAUUGACCAUGAUCCAAGUCGUCAAAAACGCAAACUUUCACACAGUCCGACCAAGAUAAAACGAAGCAAAACAGCAAAUAUUGAAAAUUAUGGAGAUGGUUAUAGAAAUCACAAUCCGGUUACCACACCUGGUCAUCGUACCCAAUUGCGAAAUCAUUCGGAGCCGUUAGUGUUUGCGUCACCUUUCGAUAAGACAUUUUCAACAUCGUCCUCUUCGCCGAGUAAGAAAAUUGCUGAUCAGCUGGUACGUACCGAUGAAGAUCAUACACAAGCAGAUACAUCCAAUGACGAAGAAGGCGGCGACGUUAAAGUUGAAAACGACUCUAAAAGUGAUUCACGCAGUAUAUUGGAUGGCGUGCCAUUGCGACAUGUUUCUCCACCUAGCUCUCCUGAUGGAAUCAACUCUUUGAGUUUGAGUGAAAGUGAAGAAGAGGAAGAUGAUGACCUUGACGCAGAUUACACAACUACAUCGGAUGUGAAUUACGGAGACACUACUUUUGCUGAGAAAACAGCCUCUGACGAGCGAAGAAUCGUUCCUAAACGAAGAGUCAACAACAUUAUUGAUUCGCAAACUCCUUCCUGUGAUAACAAUCCAUAUCAACAGGAUGAUGAAAACAUAGUUGACGGAGUCCUACGAAAGGAACAGUCUGAUUGCAUUUAUGAGGAGGAUAUUAUUUGCAAAGAUAGCGUUUGGGCAACCUAUAACUUGAAAAUGUACAGUGGCUACAUUAGUUCUAGGUAUGGUGACUAUUCGAUUGUAGAUUUUGAGCAAGACUCAUCACGUAUCAAGAAUGAAGAUUUGAACCCGUUGGAUAUCAGAAUUGGAGAUACUUUGAAUGUAAAGGACAAGAGAUUCAAAUGCGUGGUUACUGGGUUAUCUACUGAAGAGCUGUUGAAUGGAAUAAGAUGCAUCAGAGGAUACAACGUGAUUCAUUACAAGAGAAACUCCAAAAGUCGCAAGUCGACCGAAAAUGAGGAGUUUGUGGCAUCAAUUUCUCAAUGUUCAAUGGAGCUAGGCGACUGGGUUAUGCAUCAACAAAAGUUUCAAAUCAAAAGAAGGUGCGAAAAAGAUGCCAAUGACACUAGGGAUGAGAUAUCGGCAACACCAAAUUUGGCUAUGCAUCCGAUGACAAGUGGAGUAUCGUUAGCAUAUCCUUCUACACCAUCAAAACUAUCCCGUCAUUCAACAAUGAUACAUCCACUUAGUCCAUCACCGAAAAAGGGGGUUACUCAAACCUCACAACUUUUCGCUAAUAGCUUAUUUUGUAUUACCAAUAUUGACGGGCAGCAAAAACAUACAAUCAAGAAUUUGAUCGAGUCUAAUGGCGGCACGUAUUUGGACACAAAUUUGAUGGAUCUUUUCCAAUACAUGCAACGCCCACAAGAAGAUAAAACUGGCAGUGGUGGUCGACUCUACCUCAAAUCAUCGUAUUCCAUCACUAGUGAAUUGACAUUUGUUGCAUUGAUAUCAAAUAACUUUUGUCGAAGCUCUAAAUACUUGCAAGCUUUGGCUCUCGGAUGGCCCAUUUUAUCAGAAUCCUAUAUCAAUGAUGUCAUCAAUGGCGUUGUCGAUUUAGACCAAUGGCCAGCGUAUUGUUUACCAGCGGGCCAAUCGACUAAAUUAAACACAGUGGCCAAUUGUGACUUGUACCAAUUUCGGAGAAAUUACGAAUUGGGCCAAUGUUUGGAUUUCCAAAUGGAUUUGCAUGCUGACUUGUUGGGAAAUUGCCAUGUUGUAAUGACAACGGCGAGUAACAUUGAAUCCACCAAAAAGAGUAUUAUCGAAAUGGAUACGUGCAGGUUUAUCUUUCAUGCAUUUGGUGCAAGUUCGCUAAACUAUGCUGAAUUGAGUAUUGAUGACGAUGGCAAUGUUGAUAAUGAAUUUUUCAAUUUGGUUAAAUCAUUGCAUGGUGGGAAUGACAAUGGUGAUAUCUUGAUUUGUGAUUAUGGGAACAAUCAAAUUGCCGACGCACUAUACAAGAGCGUAGAUGGGUCAAGGAGUUUUUCCGAUAAAUCAAAGAGGGUGGCACAUAGGAGUAAACUGAAGAAAUCAAAAGACAUUGUCGAGUUAAAGAUUGUCAAUUGGGAAUGGGUUGUCCAAUGUGUGAUUUCUGGACAUAUCUGGCAUCCCCCAGUGACAAUAAAGAUUAAUACAUAG